UUUGUAUGUAUUUACUGCUGCUUAUUUCCAUUAUGUGUAUACCAUGUUUAGUUGUUUGCAGGAUAUCGCUCCGCUGGGUCAUGACCCUUUAAUCUUAACAACUGUUUUUCCGUAUAUUUGUUUUUUUUUAAAUGUAUUUUCCUCUGACAAUUAUUUUCUUAAUCCCAACCAUUAAGUCAUAGCUGUAACGUUAAAUAUUUUUUUAGAAAUGCUAGCAUUUUUUUUAAAAUAUUUAUAUUCCUAACCGUGUAGUCCGUUGCCCAACAGUAGUCAUGGUAACAAUAUAGCGUCCAAAAAUGGCUUCUUUGAUAGGAGAAACCGUGCUUGAGAGUAAUGGCCAAGCACCUGCACCGAGUAAAGAUUUUUACCAGCUUGUUGUAACAAAGAAAGAAGUGAUCUGGAGGUUUUGGAAAAUCUCUCUCCGAAGUGAAUUUCGCACUACAAACCCAGGGGAACUUAGAGAAACGCAUAAAGAGUAUUUAGAUGAUUACUCUCUUCAGGCACAGAUUGCCACAGUGCUUUGUGACAGUAUCGUUAGCUACACACUCAAUCUGUGUCGGAGUAAUUUUGACUACUUGGAGCAUCUUCCUAAUGCCUUGCUGCUCUAUGUGAUUUUGUAUUUGGACUUGGAAGAUGUGGCUCAACUUUCUCAAACCUCACGGAAGUUUGAAAAGCUGUGUAGCUCUGAUGCACUGUGGGAACGCAUUGUGGAGAACUCUUGUGACACCAUCACCCCAGAGAUGAGAGCCUUGUCCAAAGAGUUAACAGAUCUUCAAGAUUACACAGAUUAUAUAGCCUAGGAGCAGGGGGCUGUCUGUUUGGGGUGAGAGAAUGACAAAGUGGCAAGUUACAACAACCUUAUAAACAGACUGGACUGUAGGUAAAGUUGGCUGAACUAAAGUAUUGUGAACAUAAACACUAUAGAAACAUGUUGUAAAUAGACAGCAUACAUUGUAUUUUAGUGUAACACAUGAUUCCAAUUAAAUGGAAGGAACUUCCUAAUUGUACAAACAUUGUAUUUUUGUUUAAAUUCUUUAGUGAAAACAUUGAGAUAGACUUAUAAUCAAAACCUCUCAUUGAAUUUAUUAGGUUUAUUUUAAUAUUUCUAGACUUUGAACUAUUGACUGUUUAAUAGUUACAAAUGUAUUUGAAAUGAGAUCUAGUACUCCUGGAACUUAUUAUAAUUGUUUGAUUUUAUUUUAAUUGUGCCACAUACAAUUAUUGUGCCUUUACAGUGUGUUAUAAAAAUUCUUCAGCAUCGUAUGAACUCAGUUACAAAGAGACAGCUGUUUUUGUUUCAUAAAACUAAACAGUACAUUCUUAUUAAAAACAUAUUUUCAAUAAUCAUUCUGAACAUAAAAAAAUCAUGAAUAAAAUGUACAGAAACAUUCAUUUGUUAGAAAAAACACCAUUACUACAAAUGACCAAAAGUCACAAUGCUUACCAUAAAAAAAUGAUGAAAACAUAAUAUUGAUGCUAAUUUCAUAUAUCAUUGUUCUUC